AGGCACAGUAUAGCGACUUCCUCAGCUUCAGGUUAGCUUGAAUUUUGGGGACACAAAAAGGGUGUCCGCUAAAACUCCAAGAAACAUUAGCAGUGUUUCCUCUUAUUUUCACAUUGCUGGAGCCAAUGACGACUAUGCUGCUGGACACAGCCAAUACAAGCAGAUAACAAGGGGGUACAAACCCACCAAACUGUCCUUCUGUCAGUAUUAUGCAGUCGGAAUUUAACAACUUGUAAUACGAGUGAAUACAAGCUUUUGGAAUUUGUUUUCUCGCUGUUGUCUUUUUCUAGCAUUAAAGCUGCCAUUUGAGGGAAAACUUUUGUCUUGGUUUUGACAAUAGAUUUAUAUGGUCUGAACCCGUAGAAAGCACUGUUGUGCUGCCAAAUCUCACCACACUGCCCCCACCACACACCAGAGCCUCAAGCAAAUAUGUAAGAGCAGCCCCCACCCCCACCCCAUUCCAAACCACAGUCAGCAGAGAAUCAACUGGCAAUCUGGAGCCACAAGCACACUCUGUGUCCUGCAGUCCAGGGGCCUUGUGCAACAACUUAAAUGAAGUGAAGGUUUGGAGGCUAUCGGAGUGGAACUCAUGAGCAGCUCGGAUGUGAAGUCCUAAAGUUCAUUCACGUUUCCUUUUUUCCUCAUGCGUUUUUGCCUGAAUUGCUGUGUGUAGCCUGAAGCACGUCGAGCUUCCGUCGGGACAUCGGAUCGCACCAAACUCGGCUUCGACCUUCACAUAACCAGGCUUUCCUUUUCUACAAGGAGGGGCUGCGCUAGGAAAGGACCUCUCUGGACCAACGGUUUAAGGAAAUGCUAGAUCUCAUGGUUUCACACAGUCUGAAUAUAAGCAGUGAAUGCCAUAGCAGUGAAAACCGUGACAUUUCUCACAUUCGCUCUAGCUCUCCAAAUGGCACAGAAGAUAAACAAAAGCAACUGAAUACAACUAAAGCUGCUGCUGGCCCAUCAGAAAAUACUGUGGACUCGGGCCAGUUCCGAGAAGCUCAGACAUUCACUGCUGAGGAGCACACGUCGAAGUCUUGCCCUCAUAGAACACCUUUCACCAUCAUGACUUCCUAUGGACAGACUCAGUACAGCACAGGAAUUCAACAGACUGCUCCAUACACCACCUACCCACCAACUGCACAGGCUUAUGGGAUACCUUCUUACAGUAUCAAGACAGAAGACAAUCUAAGCCACUCACCUGGGCAGAGUGGGUUCCUUAGUUACAGUUCCAGUUUCAAUGGCUGUUCUUCUGCACAAGCAGCAUACCCUUACCAGAUGCACGGCACAGCAGGGCUCUAUCAAGGAACAAAUGCCCUCACUGCUUCAGCAGGAUUCAGCUCUGCACACCAGGAAUACUCUUCCUAUUCAGGAUUCAGCCAAAGCCAGUAUUCCCAGUAUUACAGUUCCCCGUACAGUUCUGCAUAUGUGACGACAAGUAACAUCAGUCCAUCAGCCUUGUCGUAUUCUGUCCAGGAACCCGCACAUAAUAUCACCAGUGAAAGUACAGAUUCCGUAGCAGGUGAUUACAGUAACCACAAAAGUCCAACCACACCAGUGAAAGAUGGAACCCCUGAGCACGAGCGCAGAGGAUCUGAUGGGAAGAUGCGUGGCAGGUCAAAACGAAAUAGUGAACCAUCGCCUUCCUCAGAUAAUGAGAUUGAGAGAGUGUUCAUAUGGGAUUUGGAUGAGACCAUCAUUAUUUUUCAUUCUUUACUCACGGGAACAUUUGCUGCCAGAUAUGCAAAGGACACUGCUGCAUCAGCACGGGUUGGUCUUAUGAUGGAAGAAAUGAUCUUCAACCUUGCAGAUACACACUUAUUCUUCAAUGAUCUAGAGGACUGCGACCAGAUUCACAUAGACGAUGUCUCCUCAGAUGACAACGGACAGGAUUUAAGCACAUAUAACUUCAGCGCUGAUGGUUUUCAUAGUUCAGUCAAUGGGAACAGCCUUUGCUUGGGCUCAGGAGUACAUGGAGGUGUUGACUGGAUGAGAAAAUUAGCAUUCCGCUAUCGCAGAGUGAAGGAGCUAUACACAACCUACAAGAACAACAUCGGGGGUUUGAUAGGAACUCCAAAACGUGAGUCGUGGCUGCAACUGAGAGCAGAGAUGGAGGCAUUGACAGACUUAUGGCUCACACAUGCUUUGAAGGCACUGAAUCUUAUUCAUUCCAGACCAAAUUGUGUAAAUGUAUUAGUAACAACAACACAGCUCAUACCUGCUCUUGCAAAAGUCUUGUUGUAUGGACUAGGAACUGUAUUCCCAAUUGAAAAUAUUUAUAGCGCCACAAAAAUAGGGAAAGAGAGUUGCUUUGAAAGAAUAGUGCAGCGAUUUGGGAGAAAAUCGGUUUAUGUGGUUGUGGGAGAUGGAGCUGAAGAAGAACAAGCAGCAAAAAAGCACAAUAUGCCCUUCUGGAGGAUCUCGUGUCACUCUGACCUUGAAGCAUUAAGACAUGCUCUAGAACUGGAAUAUUUGUAGCUAAGUUUCAAGACCACUUAAAAAAUAUUUGCAAAAAGGAACAAAAACUGCAUAUUCAUCCAGCAUUUUGGGUGAAAGACUUAUAUGACUGCAGUGAUCAUUUAUGUAGUAAUAUACCUUGCUGUGGAUGUGAACAAGAACAUUUUCAACAUCUUUGGAAAGUAUCUUAUUUAAGACUUUAUGGACAAAGAUUUACAGAAACUGAAUUAUAUAACUAAACGGAUACAACUCAGAUAAAAUGUUUAAAGUCUUAAGUCACCUGAACUAUUUAUAUAUACUUGUUCUGAUCAUCAACAAUAAACCAAGGCUAUCGCAAGUGAUGCCUGUAUCUUCCGGAUACAAUAAUGAUGACAAUCCAUUGAUGAGACUCUGAGCCAGUUGACUGCAUAGUGUCUUGUUCUUGGUGAAACAUACAGGAAAGCUGUUUAACAGUAUGGGUGGAGUAAUCAUUUUUGUGAAGUUUUAUUUAUAAAUUGACCUUUCUUUAAUGUUCCUUCAACUCUUGUAUGUUUUGUUUUUUAAAUGCAGGGGGUAGUAAUUUAAAAGCUCUGUUAUCCAAGAAACCUUGAUGGGACACCACUAAUCAGUACAGUAGUAAUGGCCACUGUCAUUGUACAUGUUUAUAUCUCUUGGAAAUGGUAUAUGGGCUGUGCAUGUGUCUAUAAUGUGCCUUGUUCCACCAUCUUGUUUUUUGGAAUAAACAGUAUCUUGGGAUGAAUCCAUCAAA